AUGCCGAGACGAAGCCCGUCUCCAGCACGGUCCGAGAAUGAAGUCGACAUUGCAGACGACUUGUAUGUCGACGACGGCGACGACGACGAAGUACCGGCCGGCUUUGGAAAAAACGGAAAAAACAAGAAAAAGGUAGCAGCUUCGGCCCUCGACCUCGACUUCAACGACUUGUUAGGCGGUAACGGCAAUGGCGGCGACGGCGGCUGGGAAGACGAUGGCGACGAGGCCUUCAUUGCCUCGCGCCAGAGGAGCUCCAACAGGAAAGCGUCGAAUGCGCCGGGCAAGUCGGCCAAGAAGGGCGGCGGUUUCCAGGCAAUGGGGCUCAGCACCAACGUCUUGAAGGCCAUCACCAAGAAGGGCUACCAGGUCCCAACGCCCAUCCAGCGGAAGGCAAUCCCCCUAGUUCUCGAUCGAAAGGAUGUCGUGGGCAUGGCCAGGACAGGUUCCGGAAAGACAGCUGCCUUCGUCAUCCCCAUGAUUGAACGUCUCAAGGGCCACAGCCCCAGGGUCGGCGCCAGAGCCCUCAUCCUCUCGCCGUCACGCGAGCUCGCCCUGCAAACGUUGAAGGUCGUCAAGGAGUUCGGCAAGGGAACCGACCUGAAGGCUGUCCUGGUUGUCGGAGGUGACAGCUUGGAGGAGCAGUUCGGCCUCAUGACGGCCAAUCCCGACAUUAUCAUCGCAACCCCCGGUCGUUUCCUACAUUUGAAGGUUGAGAUGGGACUGAAUCUCUCCUCCAUCAAAUACGUCGUCUUUGACGAAGCCGAUCGCCUUUUCGAGAUGGGCUUCGCCGCCCAGCUUACAGAGAUUCUGCACGCCUUACCACCGUCCCGGCAGACGCUGCUAUUUUCCGCCACCCUCCCGUCGUCUCUCGUCGAGUUUGCUAGAGCAGGUCUGCAAGACCCUAGCCUAGUCAGGCUCGAUGCCGAGACCAAAGUGUCCCCCGACCUCGAGAGUGCCUUCUUUUCAAUUAAAGGGGGUGAAAAAGAGGGCGCCCUCCUCCAUAUUCUUCACGACGUGAUCAAGAUGCCCAUGGGGCUCCCGGCAGGCGUCAGGAACGAGGAAGAGGACCACUCCAAGAAAAGGAAGCGCGGCCCUGAUAGGCCCAAUCCAAAGGAAAAGCCGACGGAGCAUUCGACAAUUAUCUUCACCGCCACAAAGCAUCACGUCGACUAUCUUACACAGCUGCUACGGCACGCAGGUUUUGCUGUGUCCUACGUAUACGGUUCGCUUGACCAGACUGCCCGUAUGAUGCAAGUCGAUGACUUCCGCAGGGGAAGGUCGAACAUUCUUGUCGUGACAGACGUGGCAGCCCGUGGUAUCGAUAUUCCAGUUCUCGCCAAUGUCAUCAACUACGACUUUCCUCCUCAACCCAAGAUCUUCGUUCAUCGCGUUGGUCGAACAGCUCGUGCUGGCCAACGUGGUUGGGCUUUCGGCCUGGUUCGGGAUGUUGAUCUCCCCUAUCUUGUCGACUUGCAGCUCUUCCUUGGCAGGAGGCUGGUUGUUGGCCAGGAUACAAAAGACCAUUCCUUUGCCCAAGACGUUGUCAUCGGCACAUUGAAGAGAAACGACGUUGAGUCAAAUGUGGAGUGGGUAAAAAAGGUGCUCGACGAAAGUGAUGACAUCAGAGCGCUCCGGGGCGUGUCGGUCAAGGCCGAGAAGCUGUACAUGAGGACGCGCAACUCUGCCGCAAGCUCGAGCGCGAAGAGGGCUCGUGAAAUAAUGUCAACGAGAAGCUGGGCACAACUUCACCCGCUUUUUGGAGACGACGCUGCCCAUGCCGAAGAGGCCCGGGAUAGCCUGCUCACCAAAAUCAGUCUGUUCAAGCCGCAAGAAACAGUUUUUGAGCUUGGCCCCAAAGGCAAAUCAACUCGGAACAAGGCAGCCGAAGUCAUACGGAGUAUCAGGGCAAAGAUGCCGCUUCGAAAGACCAAGAUGGAUGACGACGACGCCGAGGACGCCAUCGAGUAUGACUCGUCGUCUGAAGCAGGCGAGAAUGAAUUCGAAGAGUUUGGGGAGGAGGGUGAUGUUAAGGUCGGCAACGAAGGCUCUGGCAAAUACGAUGACUAUGAGAACGAUAAUGACGACAGCGACGACGAAGUUGAAGUCACGGUUUCCAAGACGGCAGUAUCCAGGAAGGGGAGGUCGACAUUCGAGGACCCAGAGGUGUUCAUGUCAUACUUGCCGCGCACAAACAGCGCGGCUGAGGAGCGGGCAUAUGGCGUGCACUCGGGCUCGCAGAACGCCAGCUUCAUCGAGGCGGCGCGCGACGUGGCCAUGGACCUAACCAACGACGACGGCGCCAAGACGUUUGGCAUGCCGACGCGGGCCAAGUUGCGUUGGGACAAGAAGCAGAGCAAGUACGUGGCGCGCGUCAACGACGACGACGGCUCUCGCGGCGCCAAGAUGAUACGCGGCGAGAGCGGCGUCAAGAUUGCGGCCAGCUUCCAGAGCGGCCGGUUCGACAAGUGGCGCAAGGCGCAACGCGUCAGCCGCCCUCACGUGGGCGAGGCCGAGAAGCCCAACCACGUCCGCAACUUUAGCGCCCAGCCCGGCGUCACCCGCUUCAAGCACAACGCGGAGCGCGCCCCCAAGGACGCCGACAAGUUCCGCGACGACUAUCACAUCCGCAAGAAGCGCGUCGCCGAGGCCAAGGAGAACCGCGUCGGCAAGUACCGCAACGGCGAGGGCAGCAAGCGCGAGCUCAAGUCGGCUGUCGACAUCCGCAAGGCCCGCCAGAUCAAGGAGCAGAAGAUGGCCAAGAACGCGAGGCCGACCAAGAGGGUCAAGAGGUGA